CUUAAUUUGGGGGGCGGACAUAGCGGGUCGGAGUAUUGAUCACAUGACCUGUAUGAGGAAAUAUCGCAGCUGAAGAGGAGAAAGGUGGAUUGUCUUUGCUUUACAUUUUGAUCGAUAUCCGCCAAAUCGUCGAAAAUGAGUGCUAGUUUGGACAUCAGACUGAAAAGAGCAAAUAAAGUAUAUCAUGAGGGGGAGGUCCUUGCCGGUGUUGUGGCGAUAGUUAGUAAGGAGGCGGUCCAGCACCAGGGCAUCACUCUCACCAUGGAGGGAAUUGUCAACCUACAGCUUAGCUCCAAGAGUGUGGGAGUCUUUGAGGCCUUCUACAACUCUGUUAAGCCCAUUCAACUUAUCACGAGCAACAUUGAAGUGGUAAAGCAAGGCAAGGUGCCUGGAGGCAAGACAGAGAUUCCCUUUGAGUUCCCCCUGCACACAAAGGGCAACAAAGUGCUGUAUGAGACCUACCAUGGCGUUUUCGUCAACAUUCAGUACACCCUCCGUUGUGACAUGAAGCGCUCCUUGUUGGCCAAAGACCUGAGCAAGACCUGUGAAUUCAUGGUGCACUGUCUGCCACAGAAAGCCAAGCUGCAACCCACCCCGGUAGACUUCACCAUCACGCCAGAGACCCUGCAGAAUGUCCGCGAGAGGAGUUUGCUGCCCAAGUUCCUGAUCCGGGGCCACCUGGAUGCCACCAACUGUGUGAUCACUAAGCCCCUGACUGGAGAAUUGGUGGUGGAGAGCUCUGAUGUGGCCAUCAAGAGCAUCGAGCUACAGCUGGUCCGCGUAGAGACCUGCGGCUGUGCUGAGGGCUAUGCCAGAGAUGCCACAGAGAUCCAGAACAUCCAGAUAGCAGAGGGAGAUGUCUGCCACAGCCUCCCCAUCCCCAUCUACAUGGUCUUCCCCAGGCUCUUUACCUGCCCUACCCUUGAGACCAUCAACUUUAAAGUCGAGUUUGAGGUGAAUGUGGUGAUUGUCCUCCAUGACGAACAUCUGAUCACUGAGAACUUUCCUCUGAAGCUGUGCCGAGCGUGAGAGCCCAGAGCUCCACUACAAUGGAGGAUGGUCGGAGGAUGGUCAGGAUAGUGCCGUUGACAUGCCUGGACAAGAACGACCUGAAGUGACCAAGGACUCAAAGUCCAAAGAGAGCCAAGCCUACAAGUCCUGGCAGACAGCCAUAUCUGUUUGCUGGGCUUCCCUGCUCUGAAUGACAGUCUAUAAGUUAAUAAUGUUAUAUGGAUGUAUGUCUCCAGUUCAGAAAAAAAAGACUGAAAAAGCAGAGGAUGUUCAAGAUUGUGGGCUACCAUUCAAUAUAAUAGUGCAAAUGUCAAAAUGGAUCAAGUAACAUAAUUGUGUAUCAAUUCAUGAUAUCGUUGAAGCCACAUUGUUGCAUUUCAGAAGUCUUUUGGGGAAACAUUGCCCAUCAUUAGUAGUAAUAUGGUCAAUUUCUAACUGAAUGUUGGCACUGUCAAAAUGUAGCCCAAAGAACAUUCUAAAUGGAGGCAUUUCAAACUAACAAGGAAUUCAAAAUCAACCAUGUUAUUAAAUGCUAUUUAACAUUCCA